CUCUAAGUGCCGGUAUCGCCUUCGUUGCCUUUCGUUGCCGAGAGAAGAAGACAGCAAGCGCCUCCUCGCCCGAUUUGAAAAUUUCCCCUCGAGGAUAUCCGAGCAAUGAAUCGUGACCCCCAAUUCCUCGAUCCCCAUCGCAAGAGGGCCAGAGAGGACGAGGAGGACGGGACUGCAGCGGGCCCGGUAGGGUUCAGCGAACACAGAAGCAAACGCCACCAGUCGCUGCCACUCAGGUCAUCUCCGGUCACGAAACGAUGUGUCGAUCUACCAACUCAACCGAUCCCCUUUCCUUUGGCACUUGCGCCUCAGACCGAGGCCGACGCCGUCACACCCCAGGAGCCGGCUCCGGAGCCGGAAAUGUGGGCAGAUGAGCCCGAGUUACUUCCCGCGAACCCGGCCUAUUCGGCCCCCUUCGACGGUGACAUGGACAUGAUGGACACAUCAGAACCAGUCCCGGGUCCGGAUCAGCCGGACAUCCAAGGGCACACUAGCAUCGAACCACCGUCGUCCGAGGCGAACCCGCCCGGACCUAGCGUAACAGGCCGCGUGCCGACGCCGAUCCACUGCAACUUUCCCGCACAAGCCCGAGUCAAGAGCUGGACCGGCGGCAGCAUCGGGUACGGCGACGCCCUCGCGACCACGCCCGAGGAACCGAACGCAGCAGCAUUCAACGGCAAUGGGUCGGUGGAUAUCUCGUCGCAGCAGCCGGGCGCGCCAGGCGCCGCGCAGGCCCUGGUGGACUGGACCACGCUGCACAACCGGCCGCUGCCGUCGCCCAUUAGCGAGUGCGGCGGUGAGGAGAACACGGAAACGGCGAAGAUGGCGCUCGACCCGUCGGCGCCGCCGGGCAGCAACCACCUGAGCCACGUCAUGCACGAGCAUCCCCUGCUAGCCGGGCUCCCGCCACGCGCCAGCUCGGCCAUGGAGGGGCGAUCCUCCGCGCGGGAGGGCACGCCGGGGGGGGAGCCGCAUAACGCCGGCGGCGCCAUGGACCUCGAGUCCGCGGCCGCCGUGCCGUCGCCAAAGAAGGGCCACACGAGGUCGAAACACACGCUCAGCUCCUGGACUGCGCUGCAGCCGGGCAUGAAGCGGACGUUCAGCCUCGGAUAUCGCGCCGACUGCGAGAAGUGCCGGAUGAAAGUGCCCGGCCACUUCAACCACAUCAUCAUUUCGUAGGAGAAAGGUGAUGGGCAGUGGGUCAGCAUGGUGGAGCCCGCGGCGCUUCGGUUGGCGACUUUUGCCUCUUCCUGCCGGUCAGCGAAUAUGUCGCCGUCGCCUGGGGAGGCCGGGAAACUUUAGGAUAAGAUGCCGGCAGGCGCGAGCAUGUUCAGGGAUGGCAUCCAUUAGCUUUUUUGUUUGCUGAGGGAAGGAUGGGUUUUGCUGCAGCCACUCAUUUUGAGCAUC